AUGGAGGCGACAAAGGGGCUGCUGUCUAGCGUCGACGCAGUCUCGCUCAUCCUCCUUGCCGUAACCCUCGUCGCCUUCCUCAUCCCCAUCUUCAUCCUCUUCCCGCCUGUCCCCGUGGACCGCAGCGAUGUCCUCAACCAGACCCACUCCCGGGUCGGCGUGGCUCCGGGUGGCAGUAACCUCCGCCGCCAGUUCUCCGAGGAACACCGGGCCCGGGAGGGGCGUCCGCCGCGGGUUCAGGGCUUGUACAUCUACCCCGUCAAGUCAUGCCGCGGAAUUGAGCUUGAGAGGAGCAAGGUACUACCUACGGGCUUGGAGCAUGAUAGACUGUACACGUUUGCGUACCUGAAGCCUCCCCGGGCUGGCAAGGAGGACAGUCCUUUCUGGGAGUUUGUGACUCUUCGACAGCUGCCCCUGCUCGCCAACGUCAAAGUCGACCUCUGGGUCCCUGACCCGAAGAAGGCGAGCCGCCAGCUGGGAACGGUAGACGGCGCCUUUCUGGUUGUGAGAUUCCCCUGGAUGGACGGAGGGCUGCGCGGCUUGAUGCAGCAGGCCUCGGCCAAGCUCAGUCACGGGUUCCAGGCCGUGCCUGAGAAGGAAUUCCUGCUGCCCAUCUCGUUCCCGGACACCGAGGAGAUCAAGGCCCGGGGCUACACGUUUGCCAAUGUCAAGAUCUGGAACGAGGUCACCACGGCUCUCAACAUGGACAAGGAGCUUCCCGCCGAGCUGGCUCAGUAUCUGGGAGCAAAGCACCAACUGGGCAUCUUCAGGAUGGACCCUUCACAGCAGAGGGAGGUGUUUCGCUGUGCCCAGCCUAAGGAAGCCCUGGGCUACCAACCCGUUGUCGACUUUCACGAUGCUGUAAUCCAGUACCCCCUCCACAUGCUUAGCCUGAGCAGCAUGCAAGCGCUAGACAAGAACGUUGUCAAGGACGAGACCAUGAAGCAGCUCGACGCCCGACGGUUCCGGUCAAACAUUAUCAUCGCCGGAAACGAAGAGUAUGACGAAGACAACUGGAAGGUUAUUCACCUCAAGCACGCCACCACCGGCCAAGAGUGCCACUUUGACGUGGCCUGUCGAACUGUCCGAUGCAAAUUGCCCAACGUCGAUCCCGAUACCGGCAUCCGGCACAAGGCUGAGCCGGAUCGGGCAUUGAGGAAGUUUCGUGACGUCGAUGAGGGAGCUCCCAAGAUGGGAUGCAUGGGGAUGCAGAUGUGCCCCAUGUUUCCCGGCGCUGCAAAGCCUGAGCAGUUUCAAUCAUUCAUCGAGGUGGGCAUGGAUAUCGACGUUGUUCAGCGUGGUCACCACGUGUACAUUUGCCAAUAG